AUGGCACACGGUGAUUUACGAUACUUGUCUAAAACUCAAGAUGUUGAUCAAUUCCUUGAUCUGAGCCCCACUUUUGCACUCUCUCCUCUGUAUCACCUUAUCUAUCGUAAAAUCGCACAGAGCCAGUUUGGUGUAAGAAUCUCUGCAAUUGGUGUCCCAGUGUCUUCUCCUCCAACAAUUUACUCUGCAGUGUUUAUCCUCCAAGCGAAGACCGUAUUUUGCCAUUACCACACCUCCUCACCCCUUCCAGUAGAAACAAUCAUAUCUCAUUCUUGCAAUUUUAGUGAAGGAAACACCGGUGACGAAGGUGGCUUCCAUACUAUCGUCUUUCGAUUGACGAAAAGAAAGCUGGCGCAUUCAGACAGGUGUGUGGUGGCAGAAAUAGCUGCUGCCUCCACAAUCACAACCUAUGGUUUCGAGUACAAUGGGGGGUAUAUGACAACAAAUGAAAUCCAAUAUUCUUAUUUUCCACUUUUGAUUCUUGUUCUAGCUCAUGGGUGUUCUUCCCUGAAUCCCGAAGGAUUGGCAUUAUUGGAUUUUAAAGAGUAUCUCAUGAUCCAUAUGGAUUCUUUGCAACUUGGAAUGUGGAUGACAAUGAUCCAUGCUCAUGGUCCUAUGUUCAGUGUGUCGUUGGCAAUGUGCAUACUCUGUGGAAGUGAGAAAUUGAGCGAUGAAGCCAUUGAGGACACACUUGAGAAGCUAUUAAAGUUGCUUGCCUAUAUCAGUGAUAAAGUUCUAUUUUCUGAAUUUUACAGUUUGGAAAAAGAGAUUAAUUUUGCUGAUUUGGUGAGUAAAAGUGCUCAAUAUUGUUUUACUAACAAGAAAAAUCCAGUUGGCCAAGGGUUGAUGAAAGCAAAUAGCUCUGGAGUUAGAAGAGGAAAAGAAAAGCUCAAGCUGAAAGAGAUAAGAUGCUACAAAUGCAAGUGUUGCAUUCUUCAUUUCAAUUGUUAG